AAAAUGACAAGCACAAUAAGAAAGUUUGAAUUAAGCAACAUAACUAGAUGCUUAAGCCCCAGAACAUGCUCUACAAGAAGAAGCAGACCCAAGAGAUGUAGAGAACAUCGAGAAAUCACCCACACAAGUCCUGAGUCUUCGAAAUAUGUAUACAGAGACAUUCUUAACAAAACUAAGUUUAUCAGAAAGCUUGAUUAUGAGUGACUGAUGGCGCAACUCAAGAGGUACUCCUCGAAUGAGGAAUCAUCCCAAGUGAAUGCAUCCCACAUUGUAUCUCCUCUGCUGCCCCACCUCAAAGUUCAGCAGAGAAAUAGGCUGUAUUCUCCUAACCAACAGAUACAGAAAUCGCGUUUACCAAGAAUUUUUAGUGAAACAAUCGAACGAAUAGAGAAAGACAAGACCAAAUAAACUAGUAUUUGUCUUAGAAGAUGUACACAAGAAGAUAGAAGCCCUUGCAGCAAGCAGGGUCUCAAGUUGUAGGACAAAGGAACUCCUCUCCCCUCGGAACCUCAAGCGAAUGUGACGAAAGUUAUUAGCCAAAAGAAAGCAACGAGUCUUACUCAAAUAGAUAAACUGUAUUAAUUUAUCUUAAUAAUUACGAUCAUAU